CCGGCGCCGCGCGAGGCAUUGUGGGCCGGUGGAGGUCCGACCCCGGCCCACAAUGCCCCGCGCCCGCCCAGUACCACCAACAUGGACCAGUACAUCGUGCUGGGCCGCAUCGGGGAGGGCGCGCACGGCGUCGUGUUCAAGGCCAAACACCGGGAGACCGGGGAGCUGGUGGCCCUCAAGAAGGUGCCCCUGCGGCGCCCUGAGGACGGGGUGCCCCCCCAGACCCUGCGCGAGAUCAAGGCCCUGCGGGAGAUCGAGGCGCACCCCCAUGUGAUCCGGCUCUGCGCCGCCUUUGCCCAGGGUCCCGCCGUGGUUCUGGCUCUGGAGCUGCUGGUGGGAGACCUGGGGGGGCUCCUGCGUGCGGCCCCCGCCCCACUGCCCCCGGCCCGAGUGCGGGCACUGCUCGCCAUGACCCUGCGGGGGCUGGGCCAUGUGCACCGGCACCGCCUGCUGCACCGGGACCUCAAACCAGCCAACCUGCUGCUGGACAGCGCCGGGCGCCUUAAGCUGGCAGAUUUCGGGCUGGCACGGGUGCUGGGCCCCCCCCCGGGGCGCCCCUACAGCCACCAGGUGGCCACCAGGUGGUACAGAGCCCCCGAGCUGCUCUACGGUGCCCGGCACUACGACGAGGGAGUGGAUCUGUGGAGCUGGCCGAGCUGCCUGAUUUCCCCAAGCUGCGGUUCCGGCCACGGGCGCCGCCGCCGCUGGAGCUGCUCGUGCCGGGUGCUGACGCAGCCGCACUGGACCUGCUGCGGAGCCUGCUGCGCUACCGGGCCCGGCUGCGGCCCCGGGCUCACCAGGCGGCCCUGCCCCCCCAGUGGAUUUUGGGGUGCCAUGGAGUUUGUGGCGUUGGGGGGGCCGGAGGCGCCCCCCCCGUUCCCCGAGGAGCCGGGGCCGUUCCUGGGGCUGGGGGCGCCCGAGGGGCUGGAGCCAGGGGGGCUGCUGGGGCCCUUCCCCCCACCAGGCCGCCUGUCCCUGGUGUCCUGGCCUGAGGGGGGGUCCCUGGGGGGCCCCUCCUGGUCCCCUCCCCCGCCAGAGCCCCCCCGGUUCCUGGAGCUGCUGCAGCCCCCCCGCACCCCGCCCCCUCCGGGACCUCUGCUGGCCCCGCCCACCCCGGCCUGCGAGGCACGGGAGUGUGUGAACUGCGGGGCCACAGCGACGCCACUCUGGCGCCGGGACGGCACCGGGCACUACCUGUGCAACGCCUGUGGGCUGUACCACCGGCUGAACGGACACAACCGACCGCUCAUCCGCCCCAAAAAGCGCCUGCUGGUGAGCAAACGUGCAGGCACCGUGUGCAGCAACUGCCAGACCAGCACCACGACGCUGUGGAGGCGCAGCCCCCGCGGAGACCCAGUGUGCAACGCCUGCGGGCUCUAUUACAAACUGCACCGGGUGAACCGGCCGCUGACCAUGCGCAAGGACGGGAUCCAGACCCGCAACCGCAAGGUCUCAGCCAAGGGCAAGAAGCGGCGCCAAGGGGGGGGCGCCGGUCCUGGGGGCAUCCCCGAAACCUCGGUGGGGCCCCCCCUGCCCCCCCCCCGUGGCCCCCCAGCCCCCCACCGAGGACCCGGCCUCGCUCUUCGCCCUCGGGCCCCUGGUCCUGUCCGGGCACCUGCUGCCCUUCGCUCCCCCCGGGCCCUUCCUGGGGGGCCCCAGCAGCGACUACAGCCCCACCCCCAGCGCGGCCCCCCCUGGGCUCAGCCCACAGCUCUAAUGGAGGAACCCCAAUACAGUUUGGUAUCAAAACGGAGCCUGGCUCGCACCUCGUUCUUUAGGGGUGCGCUGGGAUGA